AUGGCAGAACCCCCAGAAUCUUCCCUACCGCCUGCCGUCCUCGAAAAACUGCGAGAAUUGAACACCGAACUUGCCGAAGGUGAGUGACUUUGCGACUGAUUCAUCCUGUUUACUGCGCGAGUUCAAGUGAGACCUGUCGAAAUUUGGAUAUGCAUUUCUGGGAUAUUUUGUGAGUAGAUGAUUUCAAGGAUUUUAAGAGCUGUUUACAUGGAAUGUAUAUGUUAAAAGUGGGACAAGGACAGCCAUUUUGUUGGUGUUGACCUAGGUAAUUUUUCUUAAGGAAAUGCCUCGCAGAUCCUUGUCGCUGAUCAUAGUUCAAGGCUCUGAUCAAACAAGGCUAAAAAAUUCUUUGUGUUAUGAAUAUGUAAAGAGUUGUGGUUCCUGUAAGAUCAUGAUUCAGUGAAGGACGUUGUCGGCAUGACUUAGGGAAAGUAUUAAUGUCGACAAGGUAAUGAUGGACGAUUUAACAGCAAAACCCAUCCGCUGAUGAAAUAAAGUCAGUUUUGGUUGCGAAAGUUUAUUUCGCAAAAUGCAUUGUACCUUGUCAUGUUUUGAAAUUUCCAGAAGAUCUGAUGUUUCCCGUCGCGAUCGCUGCAUGAGAGAUCUUUUCAGAGAAUAGACGAGCAUUUUGAUUGAAGGCCCACAAGUUUGAGUCACAAGUUAAAACAUAUAAAAGACGAUUAAUCGGUUUAGAGUCGGUCUAUGACAAGUUUAAGAUGUCGAUCUUUUUGUUCUUACACCGAUAGGCGUUACAGUCGAAGUUUAAUUUGUGAAAUCCUUUCUAAACUAAAUACGUAUUAAAUGUUAUCUCUGUUCUGUGAUAAAAAAGUUAAUGAUAACUCUCUUCUUGUUGAGAAUCUGAAAACAUUAAUUUUAACCUAUACCCUAUCUCCUGUUGUUUGAGGUAACAUCUUUCUCUUGUUUGUAGUUCAUUUUGCUUUCUAUUUGUGUACCGUAAAAUGUAUUUGUCUAUAAAUAAAUCUACAUUGUACUAGGAAUAUAAUAGAGUGGCUGCUUCGUUUAUCCUGAAGAAUUUUAUUGCGUUUUGUUGGCAGCUUGAGAUGUUGACAUUUCAAAAUUAUGGAAAUUAAGAGUUCCGUUAUUCUAUAUUAAGCUUAUUGAAAAUCGUGUUGUAAAAAACUGUCUUUUAUGUACGGUGCUGACGCGAAAGCUUCAAAAUUACACAUUCCCUACACAGAAUUGGCGACCUUUCUUGUGCAAAUAGAGCAAAUAACAGCCUUUCAAUUUUAAUUCUAUAUUUACAAGUUUACCGAACUUCCAAAAUAAUACAAUGUAAUCAUGCAGACGUCAUGAGUGCCAAUAUAUUAUUAUUUGUUUUGUUUUGUAUUUGUGUUCUUAAAAACCUGAAAAACAGACAGUGUUGUUUUCUUUAAAAAUUGUGGCAAGCUGAUGGAGUGUAUGAAAUGAGAUGCUUUGACAUCUUUAUGAUCAAUUAAAGUUAUGCAAAUAUGCAUCUACAGCUGUAUAUUUUGAUGCAAAACUUUUAUUUUGCACAUAAAACUACUUUGGGUAAUAAUUGUCAAAUCCCCUGGGUUUCAUAUUCUAGGUAUGUGACCUCUUAUGAUUAGUCAGAUGUUACUGGCUAGUACAAAUUUAUUCACAAAGACAAUUUCAAGGUUAAUAAAAACUUUCCAGUCUGUUCCUAAAAUGUUACACAACAAUUAUGGAUGAUAUGGUAUUGAAAAUCUCUUCUAUUUUAUUUUCAAAAUUGCAACGUUUGCAGGACAUUUUGCCUAUAGCUAUUUUUGACAAUUUGACAUUGAACUCAAAAUUCUGGCAUUGAAGUAUUAAAUUUUGUUUAAGAAAUGGAAUGAGAGACCACAAACUUUUUUUGUGAAUGUACAUGAAACAACACAAAUAAAAGACCCACCAAGUAUAGCCAACUAUAACUUAUAGCCUGGGUAGCUGGCGGAAAACAUCGUCGCGUGUGAUGUUUUGAUGGUGAAGUCACUUUUAGUAGGGGACUUACUCAUAGCUCUUGUGUGAGGCACCCUUGUCGCCCAUUCCCAUGAUGGCAUGAGAUGUUCUAGCUGGGAAUAAUUAUGUUGAUAUACUGUUACAUUGUCCUAUUAUAUUUGCUCUGCAAGUCUUCGCAAAAUGAAAGGAGAAUUUGGGUUUUUAGUCCAGAGUAACUUAGUAAAACACUGUAGAAUGUUCAUACCUUCAUUUUGAUACUUAAUGUGUUUUUCAGGUGACAUCACUCAGAAAGGAUAUGAAAAGAAAAGGGCCAAACUGCUUGGUCCGUAUUUGUCCAGAGGUAAGAAGCACUGUGUAAAGAAAACUUAUAAAUCAUAUGGUACGGUACAAAAUAGAAAAAUUGAUAUUAGUGACCUUUAGAUUUAAGUUGAAUUGGCUAUGAGUAUUAAAUAGUAAUCUAUUUAACAGCAUUCGUAUUCAUGCUCAGUUGCAUUAAGGUAUGGGAAAAUGAUUGAUCAGUGGACUAAGCCAAGCUGGGACAGCUUGGUUUACUGGUAGUUAGUAAUAAGAUGCGAUUUUCUGGAUGAGAUGGUGGCUGUUCACCCCUGCCUGGCUCCGCUGAAAACUGAGCAAGAAUCAAUCAUUUCCACACCAAAUCAGUAUUUAUCAUAGGAGUUAUGUAAUCACCCAUGAAGCUGUUUGUCCAGCCACGUUAAACCUGUUGAUUAGGUAUAUUUCAACUUCACCUAUUCAUUAUGGGUGUUGUGGAUAGUCCAGUUUUGAUUUCGUCAUGGCUGCUAAAUAUAAGUGCUAAAGACUCAUUUAUACAGGGUUGGCUUCGACCUAAGGUAAAUAUAUUCACAAAUUCCAGUCAGAAGAAAACUUUGUAUAACUUUUUCUGUUAUUUUAAACUCAAAUUAAGGCAUCUUCUCUCUGUUAUUUGAGAAUAUUUUACUUUAGGUCGAAGCUUACCCUCUAAAAAUGAGUCUUCAGUGCGUCUAUUCUGCAGCUACGACAAAUUCGAAACUGGAUUAUUAUCCAUUUCUACUUUUGCAGGGGCAUAGCCAGCUUUUUUACUAGUUGUAGGCCUGGCUGACUUUCAUUUCCACAUAUCCUGAAAAUUGCACGCAUGACUAGUUUGCACUGACCUCACCAACACUUUGAGCUCUUAAGCUUUUUAGCUCACCCCCAUAACCAGCGUGCAAAGAAAGUCGUGUCUGAUAGCCCGGGGCUAGUGGAUUUUGCUUUUGGCCUAGUGGUUUUUGUUGUUAACUUGUCCGACGGGCAAGUGCUGUGUUUUGGGGAAAUUCAAUCCUGCUAAUCAACAAGGGUUUUGGGGCUAGUUGAAAUGACUUGUGGGCUAGUACACAUGCUAGCUACAGCUUGCCCGAAUGGCAGGCUGUAAAACUGACUUUCUUUGCACCUUGACCACACAUAAUUUAUUACAAGCGGCAGAGUGAUCAAUCCAAAAAUUUGUAGGCCCAGGCCUACAGGUCUAUGGGCUGGCUAUGCCUCUAUUGUAUAUAAAAAUUGCUUUGAGCCACAACUGCAGAUCUGAUAAUUUACUAGAAUGUACAUGUAACCCUUGUAAGAAAAAGUGUGAGUACCGUACUCCCAGUAGGAGUUGAACCUAUGACCCUCUGGUUGCUAGACCAGAUGCUCUACCACUCAGCGAUAGUAGACUUGUGAUAGCUAAGGCCACUAAACUAUGGUAGGUUCAUGUCACAAACCAUCCGGCAUUCUGCUAGAUACUGCUGGGAAUGUUGAUAUGUGCUUACGCUCAAUGCAGGGCUUCUGAUAGGACGCGGAAGAAAAAAUCCAAAUUCCGCGAGAUUUUUAGGGACAAAUUUGCGGAAAAAUUGGCCAAUUUCGAGGGAAUUUUCGGGGCAAACUUCACCCAAAAGCAAUCGGUAAAAAACAGCCGAUUUUGUGGUUAUUUUCAAGGCAAAUUUCAUUAGAAAUCGAUCGGUUUUGCACUGUUUAACGUUUUUCUAACAGAGGUCAUCAUUUGCAGUCUUUCAACAACAAUACACUCCAGAAAUGAACCAAUGGCAAAGCCUUUAGCAUCACAGCUAGUGCCCAGUUUUUCGCAACAAAAUCUGCACCUGGUAGUUUUGGGAUGUUGUUUGCAUGUUUCAGUCAUGAAGUUCCAAGAUAAAUUUGCAAGUUUACGGCAAGUAAAUAGCCCCUAUAGCUGAAAUAAGUUUCAAAUAUGUUGUACAGACAUGUAUUUGAUAAGAUUUCUACCGAAUUUGGCAGUAUUUUUCAUGUUUUUGUGAAUUUCGCGGGAUUUUGCGGAUAUACCUGAAUUUCGCUGCUCCGCGACAGCGCGAAAUAUCAGAAGCCCUGUCAAUGAUAGAAAUGUGAUGGUUAAUUUUAAUCCUGGUGAAUACAUAAGAAAGAUGUUUUUUAGUCAGUGAAAAGGGUAGAUUGGCUUGGUCAAUAGAGGCCAAGCUUUCAGACUCAACCACAGGUGAUUGGAAAAUACUGAUCACAGCACUGCUAAAACGUUGCAUGUAGUUUCCAGCCUUGUCUUGUUUCCCACAAGUCGAGGGUCUCAUGUCCAGAGCAGGGUGCAAAGAAAGUCAAUGUUAAGUAGUCCCGAAAACAUUUUUGGAUCAGUAUGAUUGAUUACAGUUCUUAUGUAAAUUGAAUUUCCCCAAAAACUUCACUUUCCCAUUGGGUACCUUAAGAACAAAAUUCACUAGCCUGAUAGCAAAAUCCGCCAGCCCUGGGCAGCCUAUCAGACACAACUUUCUUUGCAUGCUGCUCUAACGACAAGCAUCCCUUCUGAAGGAAUGAGUGUGUUGUCUCGCAAGAUGAGAGUCUCGUCUCUAGAGAAUCAAUUUUCAAGCAGUGAUAUUACUAAUUUUAUUGUAUAACAUUAUAUGUAAAUGAGCUUCAGAUUUAUUUAUCUGUGGCUAAGAUACAGAAACUACAAGUAUUAGAACUGGUACCUACAGAAUGUACGGUACAUGUAGUUACGUACAAUGCACAGUUUGCAGGAAUAAAUUGUCUUCCAAUUGUACAUUGGUAUGCACAUGUAAUAUUCUUCUUCUUUUAUUACAUGUAUUUAUAUUUUUUUUUCCAUUUCUGAGGUGGUCCAUUUGGAGAUUUCUUAUAUCUCACCAUUCAGAAGAUCACUUUGUGCAUGUUUGAAUAACAGUCAGAAAUAAUUAGCUAUUCAAAUGUCUUAAAGUAUACAUGUACAAUGUAUUAAAACACAGUAGUAUAACUAUUUAUGCUAAAGUGGGUAUAAUAGUCACAUCCAGUGUAUAUCUUAUGGACAUGGGGUAGUCAAUACUUCAACUUACUUGUUAAAAUUAUUUCUUUGUCCAGUUUCCUAAGUUCAAGCUACUUUUUAAGUUUGCGUCGUCACAUUUCAAAAUACAGUGUUCUGUUAAAGUUGAUGGCAACUUUCUAAAAUAUGAGCUGAAUUUUUUCUUUCAUGCAAAUAUGAAUGCCAUAAUAUUGCAAGCUUCCUUUCUGAAUGUUACAUCCAAUCAUUUGUUGGAGAAUUUAUUACCAGCUUUUGGUAUUGCUUUCAGUAACAUCAAUACCCAAUAUUCAUGAUUUGAACAAUAUUAAUGUAAAGGUUGAUAUUGGUAAAGAUGGAGUAGUCAUUGUGUGAGGAACGUUGGGCAGUGAAAAAUCUUGAUUCCUGAUUCACAAGGUUGUAUGAAUGAGCAAGUAAGAGUUGUUGUUGUUGUUGUUGUUGUACAACAGACAAUUUUAGCUUCAAAAGCUUGUACAUGAACAUUUUGUUCAAAAGUUUGUACUUGACUGAACGGCAACAAAUUUUCCUCAUACAUGUACAUGACUGUACAUGAAUUUCAGGGUAUUACAACCAUUGUAUUUAGGAUUUUGCAGCCAUUCUUUUGCUUAGAAAUGAAUUCUUCACCUUUGUAAGCAUACAUUGUUAAGCUGUAACGUUCAAUUGUUUUUUCUUUAUGAUUACACUAUUCCGUAGUUAGCUGUUGAUGUCACAUGCUGUGUAAGCUGUCUCUAACUUUUUUUGCUUGCAUAUUCCAUUUUAUAUCAAAGAAUGGUACUGAAAAAUACAAACAAAACAAAAUCAACUGUGAGAAAGCACUGGUUAUACAAUGUAUGUUGUCAUUUAACUUAGAACAGUUGCAUAUGAAUUUGUAAGGUCUGUCUUACAAAUACAUGUCAUAAAACUCUGCUCCAGUUUGUAGUUCUGGAUGCAAAAAUUAAUUUUUAGCAUGAUAAUUCAAAUGGGACUUAUUACUUGUAUUAUAUUCAUCAACAGUUGAAAGUCAAUUAAAUAUGUAGUAGACAGCUUCAGGGAUUUGAAAGAUUAAGUGUGCACAACUGAAGCUGGCUACUUACACUUGUGAAAAUUAAUGGUUUUUGUAAGUGAAGAGUUCAAUUUAGUGGUGUUUUUUUCAAAAUGGCUUUUAUAGCCAUAAGAACAACUCUUGCCUAAAUGAGAGUGUCCAUUAAACUAAAAGUCAGCUCCAACUGCAGUGAAUUUUCUGAUUUUAAAUUAAUUUUAACCACUUUGUUGAAAGAAUUUACAUGUACACUAUUAUAACACCCUUAACAAUGUCUUAAAGAAUAAGCUGAAAUAUAUCACAUUUAAUUACAGUUUUAAUCUUUGACAGAAUAGUGCGUAACUAAAUCAGGGCUUCAAAAAAGGAACCUUUCUAUUAGCCAUAUAGUCAGGUUUUUUGAGAGUGAAAUGUUAAAUUUUUAUUGAGUUAUUUUUUUUAGUUUUAUUGAGAGUGAAAGGAAGUGGUAUUUGUCUAAUGUAUCUUCUUCUGUAGUUAUGGUAAUAAGGUAAAUUAAUGUGAUAUUGAUGUUCUUUUUUUAGAGUUCAAUGUUGCUUCACCAAGCAGUCCCAACAUGAAUAACCACUACGGUGCGGCUGGUAAGUCAACAAGUUACAAAUGCAAUAAUGGGUAAUGUACAAAAUGACGCACAGUUUCCCCUUGAGCAGGGUUAUGACCUUCAAGACCAGAUAGAGGAUUUUCAUGAGAAGAACUUGUGUUAGUAAAUUUAUUGAAUUUAAUGCUUAUACUUAUUAACAAGUGUCAUCAUUCUCCAUGGACGUGUCUAACUUGUUGUAUGAAGCAAUGUCUGUAAAACUGAGUGUCACUUUUAUGUUUUGUGGUGUGUUCAGCAUUGAUCAGUCUUCUUACUUGUAUGGGUCAUUUUUUGUGAUAUACUCACAUCUUUGUUAUACAGUCCUGGUAUUUUGUGUGCUUAGACACACGCUUUAUUACAAUUUCUGAUAUUGGAAAGCAUUAUUGAAAAUGACACUCGCUCUGUUUGGGAUUGAUUGAAAUAGACUGUUUAGAAGUAGGAAACUGAUACUUGAUUUUAUCCCUAAUUACAAAAGAAUUGUCUUAUAAUUUUUUGUCUGAAAAAAAUGUUCUAAGGCACUGAUUUUGUCAUGGAUAUAAUAAAAAGAUGCAGGCAGUGAUUACGAAGCACUUGGUCAACACAGGUUUAUGGUGGAUGUGGCAUUUCAUGUAUCAAGACUUGAAGACCUCUUAUAGUUCUGAUUUAAAUGACAUCCUGAAACAGCUAGUUAGUUUGUGAUGUGUCUGUGUAUUGGAUCCAAGUCAUAUUAUUGAAACAGGCAUACAGUGGUGAUAUGCACCUAAUUUGAACCAAGAAAAUGGCCAACAUUGUAUUGCUGCUUAAACUUUAAUUUGGUUCUUGUGGUGCAUUCCUAGUAUAAUGAUGGGUCAAAAACUAAGGCUGUGCUCUAGCAGUGACUGGUGACCUGUGGUGCUUAACUUUUGUUUUUCAGCAACUAGAAAAUCUUGAUUUUUGCAUACAAAUCCUAUGCUGGGCACCCUGGAUUUCACAGGUUCAGAGCACCGGGCUCCCUUCAUUUUUUUUUUAGAGCACAGUCUUGAAAACAGUGGGGAAAGUAAAAAAAAACUGAAAUUCCUGCUUAUCCUUAGGGGAAACAGCUCUCACACUUUGCUUGUCCGGGACAACUUCUUGCUCAUCUUAGUUAAUAAUUGAGUUAGGGGAUGAAUUGCCUGGAUCCUUGCCGAUUGUACAAAUUAGCUAUAACCCUUUAAGCCCUAAGCGUGAUCAGCAUCAAAUUUCUCAUUGUAAUAUCAAUGCUUUGUAAAACAGAUUGGUUAUGAGAUUUGCAGACAUGAUCACACAAGAUGAAUUUGGUUGAUAUCUUAUCAACUUCUCCCCACUACUUCUGCAGGAAAUGAAUAGGGGCAACAAAUGAGAAUUCAAAUUUGGAUCUUAGGGUUUAAAGGGUUAAAGGUUACUUGCCCAGCAAGAGAAUCUACUUGUCCUGGACUACCAGAGGGGACUUUUUUGGGGCCCUGAAGUCAGAAUUUUUUCACAGCCAACAAGUUAAUAUUGAAUGACUCACUGUUUGUAUGUGCUUUGUUUAGUUCAAAGAUCAGAGGCUCUUCAGGCUGCCUUAGCCAAAAGGUUCACAGUGCAAGCUGAGCCUGAAUUACCUGCACCUUUUAAAAGACCAUCCAUGAUAAAACGGAAGCCUGCAGAAAAUGGCACUCAAUCACAAAUUCAAAGAGGUAUUUGUCCAAAUUACAUGUAGAAUGUAGCUUGGUAGCUUGAAGAUAAUGAAAACACUUUGAUAAAUCCGAUCCUAAAUCUAAGAUGCCAGCUGGGCAAAAUCUUUUUGCAAAUAAAAUUAAAUUAAAAUUAAAAUUUAUCACAAUUCUUUGUGACAGAUUAAUUUUAAGUGUGGUUGAGAUUCUAAUUUAUGGACAAUGUCAAAUGGUUUUAAUGUCAAAAGGAAUCAAGUUCCUUGCCUGAAAACAAAGAAAAAAUUUUUGCGACAGAAAAUGGCCACCAUUCUUGAUUUUUGUCACCAUGAAUAAAAUGUGGUAUGGCGACCACAACUAGUACAUAUUGUAAAGUUAUGAUAUUACUCUCUCCCUGUCUACUGUAGUAAAGAUUACUAUAAUAAAUAAUUUUAUGUUCUAAAAUGUUAGUAGGGUCUGCAUCCUCACAAGAUUCCAUUGGAAACAUUCCUCCAAGUGACUACACUCCCCCUGGCUCGAUUAGUUCUCGUAACUCCAUACCUCGUGCAGACUCAGAUGAGUUCCCUGCUCCUCCCCCGGACAGUAUGGCUUUUCAUAGACACAGCUCUGGUAGUUUUGCCCCUGUCACCCCUCCCCCGGACCUAACAAGACAAGCAUUUGCAUCAACUGACUCCAAAGGAAGUCGAGUGAUGCAUCUGUCAUCAGUACGGACAAUAGAGAAUGAUGAUGGACAGUUGUCAGGUAAAGUGGACAUGUAAUUACAGAGCAACUACUCAAACUGUGGCAGUUGGAAUAACCAAUCGCAGUGGUUUUUGAAAACAAAAGAUGUUCAAGUUUCUUUGCAACAGGACCAACAAAAACCAUUUUGUUAUUGGAUUCCAAGUGCCCUCGUUCGAGUAGUUGCAUUGUAAAGUCAUUGAAAAUUCUCCGAACGAUAAAUAAUUCUCCCAGAAAUCUCUUGAAGAUUCAGACAUGUUUCUGAUAAAUGUGUUAAAGGAUGACAUGGAAGAAAAGAGGCUGAUGAAUGGUUUUGUGACUUAUCGAAGUUAAUCCUCUCAUUGAAAGGAUUAAAUUCACAGUAAAUUCUGAUUAACAUUGUGGAUAGUUGAAUUUCACUUUUUGUUAGAAGCUUUAACCCGGUGGCAGUUACAUCUUGAAAACCCUUGCAGCUGUAAACAUCCAUAGUCCUUUAAAUAUGUACCUGUACAAUAAUUGCACAGUCUUAAAUGUGUGUGCUAGGGAGGGUUAACAACUAGCAAAGGUCAGCUGCUUUUGGCCUUAUUUAUAAACAAAGUGAAGCCUUCCCACUUAAGGAGGCAAUUCUAGUUAUCAGUGACUGUGCAUGCAUGCAGAAGUGGGACCUUUUUAAUAUCAUGGACUUUAUUUUGUAGUGUCAAGCAGUCGAGUGUCAACUAAAAUUCAACAGCUACUUAACACACUUAAGGUAAGGUCAAGAUUGUUUUCAAAAAGUUGCGUUAAAUGAUUAGUUAGAGAGCAGGAAGAAUUCAAGGUUAUCCAGGUGCUUUUAAUAUUAGUUCAAUACAAGUCACUGUUCUUUUCUUUCCAGUCUGUAUAAUAACCCUGUCGUGUCGCGCUUGCAAACCCUUGAUCCCCCCUGCAUUGUUCAUUUCUGCAAAGAUAUAAAAGAAAAGUGCACUUGAACAGUUUUUUGUACUUUUUCUUCUGAAAUGAUGAUUGAUCAGUAGUUAUCAGAAUGGGAAUGAGUCAAUGGUCUGAAAAAUAUACAUGGGGCUGAUAUUUUUCAAAGCCCUUUUGAGGGGCUUAUCUAUGGAGGGAAAUUUGUUUUUUGUACUUUUUCAUCUGAAAUGUCCUAAUGCAUUGAUCAGUAGUGGUAUGGAAGUGGAAUAGGAAUACGAUUAUUAUGUUAGAUAAUACUGUCAGGUCUGCAUGAACAUGAUUGUGUUGUUGGCCAAAUAACAUUUCUAAAUUCACUUCAUCAUGACCUGACUUACAUCUAAUAAUACAUUUAAUUUUAAUAAAGCAACCAAGCCUGAUCCAAAUGCUCCACGACCUGAAGGACAGACGUUGAGACCUGUGGCUGGAGAGAACUUGCAGGUGAUACAUUUAUCAUGAUAAUUUAUUUACUUUUUAAAAAAAUUAAUUUGUCUAUGUUCAUGGGAGACAUGGAAAAGUUAGACCAGGGGGCCGUCACUAAGAUUUCAAGUUGCUGGGUACAGCUGUGUGUGCAAUUAGGAGGUGAGGAAUUGAAGAGCUACAUGCAGGAAUUUCUUUCGGUUCAAUUUUCGUUUUGUUUCCUAUGAAAGUAGCUGGGGAUCAUGUCCACAGUAGCGGGGGUGGGGUGGGGUGGGGGGAACCCUGGCCCCUGGUCCUCCAUGACAGCCCUGAUAGACGGAACCGUAUUGAAUACUGAAUUGUUUGUACCAAUACAUGUCUUGGGAGAAAGCUUGGAGGAGGGUAUUACAAAACUACAGCUCAUUGUUCAUAAUAAUUAUCACCUUUAAAAUAAUGGUUCCACACUGUACUGUGCUAUGCUUAUUAAUCAUUACAAAUUUCGCCGUUAACAUAAUCAAUUCUUCUUUGUUAUAGAGUCAAUCUCUAGUGGUAGUUAGGUUUUUACCACUCUCACUAGCUGCCUCAGGCUACGCAUUUAUUACACUGUAUGCGAAAGUAUAAUAUUGUUGCUAUGAUAUGACUGGCUAAUAAAUCUAAAACAAUGGAGAAGGUCCUUAAAAUACAGUCUAUUUUGUCUUUAUGUUUACAGGUUCCAGAGGAACUCCCAGCAAAUUUAGAGGAAUCACUUAGCAGAUUUGCCACUAAGUCUCCCAAGGGUUCCUGCUUUUCUGUUGUAGACAAUCAUGGGAAAUCAAAUGUUACUCUCACUUAUGGUGAGUAGUCAUUUGCUUUAUGAUUUUUUCACUCAGACAUAAUUAUACUUAGCCCUGGGGCCAAGGAGGUAACCAUACACAUGGUCAAUGAAAAUUAAAAUAUAAUGAAAUGAUCCUUUAUUUGCAACUUUUGCUGGGUCACUGACUUUGUCUACAUUUGAGUGUUGACAACUGGGUGCUGUACAGUACAUGUAUGUUACAGUACAAUACAGUGUAGUUUACAGUUGGCUGCUCUGUCAGAAGUUAUACAUGUAUAAUACAUGUAUGAAGUGUAAAGCUCCAAAACUAUGAAAUAAAGGAUACCCAGCAAAUGAGCCUUAUACAGAAUUUGAGAUUUUACUGUAACCCAAGGGUGGAAGUAAAGUAAUAAGCAGCUGAUCCCUAGAAGCUACUUCAGCAAAAAGCAUGACUUUUUUUUAUUCAUUCCCAUUUACAGGUAAACUUCUUUCUAGGUCAAUGAAGCUAGCAUAUGCUUUACUAAACAAGGUCGGAAGUCACAAAGAAGGGACCUCUAUUAUGACUGGAGACAGAGUGAGUCAUUACCCUUUAAACUCUAAGAUCAAAAUUUGAAUACUCAUUAGUUGUCCCUAUUCAUUUCCUACAGAAGCAGUGGGGAGAAGUUGAUAAAAUAUCAAGCAAAUUCAUAUUGUGUGAUCAUGUCCAUAAUUCUCAUCACCAAUCUGUUUUAUAAAGCAUUGAUAUUACAAGGAGAAUAUUGAUUCUGAUCACUCUUAGGCAGGGUUGUCAUUAAGAGCCGGGGGCCGGGGAUUUUCUCCGGCUACUAAGAGAGUGGCCCCCAGCUACUUUUAUUGGAAAAUAGAACAAAAAUAGAACCAAAAGAAAUCUCUAGCCGUUUGAUUCCCCGUCUACUUGUUGUGUUUACCCGGCUACUUGAAAUCUUAGUGACAACCCUGCUCUUAGGGCUUAAAGGUUAAAACUACAUCCCUUCUGCAUAAGAAGUUGUAAGGUGAAUUAUAGUAGGUGCAAAACUGUGAUUAUAAGACGACUAAACCAGUGUGCAUGUAGACCUGAACAUAAAUUGCUUGUGAUAGUAUCAGUACUGGCAUCUUAAAGACAUUUUAGAGGUCGCCAUUAAUUGAUGCCUUAUUUUGUCUACAGGUUGCACUAGUAUAUCAAGUUGAUGAUCCUAUCAAUUUUAUGACAAGUUUUUAUGGAUGUCUUAUUGCUGGAGUCAUUCCUGUUCCUAUUGAACCACCCUCAAGCAAAGAUGUAAGUCUAGAAAUACUGAACUGAUUUAGUUAAUAGUUGCUUUCGAUAUUUUAUACAUUAAGGGUUUUCAGUGCCGAACAAUAACAAGGAAGUGCUCUAAUGGAUGCAAUUAUUGGAAGGUUAUCACUCCUGAAAGACAAAAAACCUUCUGAUUCUUUUGUCCUUGUUGUGCAGUUGAUAACUGUCUUAUAUGGGGCGUCAAGACAACUUGUCUUUAUAUCAGCAACUCAUUUUGGUAAGAGAUGUGUUUUUCCUUCCCUACCCUCCUCUCCCCUCCCCUCCCUUACCCUGCCCUACUCUACCCCCACGAGCUUGCUUACAGGCUGGCAUACAAGCAACUAAGAUGUUUUUGUUGUCGUUGUUGUUGUUGUUAGUACCCUGGUUGUCAGCAGAUCGGCUUUCUACUUGGUAGCUGUGGGGUGUCCUGGGCACUCACGUCAGAUGCAUGUUUAAAAAGUUUGCCCAAGGAUGAAACAGGGCACGUCUGUACAUUUAAAGGUGAAGUAUUAUUAAUUUCAUUUUACUUUAGACUGAUCUGUAGAGGUCACAUAAUAUGAUUGUUAAACAUGGACGUUCUCUUUUUUGAAGGCUGUGGUACUUAGUGUUGGUGCAUAUGUUACAAAUAUUAAACAUGAGAUCAGCAAUUUAUGAUACUGUGACUUUAAAGUGUGUUAAGUCAAGAGUACCAUGGUACCAUUCUAAUCUUCAUUUUUUUUUCUAUCUAUAAUAAUAAUGGUCAUUAUACAACAAGUGUUUUUCUCACGCAUGGCUGGGAGUAUGGGUUCGAGUGUGUGAUAUGAGUUCACAUGUUUUUUGGGUUGUUUUAGGAUUUUAAGUUGUGAGUUCUGCUUGUUCUUGUAUCCACUGUAGUCUCAGUUUCUUGUCAGCCAUUUAUUAGCUCUUUCUGUGAUUUGUGGUUUUGAUAGUAAGAUCAGGCUGCUUGGUUUGCUCAGCAUGGGUUCCAGUUGUAUGUGAGAAUUAUUUCUUCUUGAUGACUAACAUUUGCAAAUUUUAAUUUUCUUACAUCCUCAAGGUUGGCCCAAGUUACAAUGGUUUGUCACUGCAAAUCUCAACAGGCAUCCAAAAGAUUGGCAACCACCUUCAAAUCUGGACAGAAGCUCACCUGCAUACAUUGAGGUUUGAUACACUGUAUCUUGGUGUCAUUACAAUAACACGAAUUAUUGACUAAGCAUGAGUCAUUAACCUGUACACUGUAUGUUGCCAAAAGAAAAAUGAAAGCCUUGGCUACUUUUCCCAUUUCCCAUUGGGUCUUUACCUGCCAAUGUAUCAAAGCAGAAGGGGGCUGGAUCAAUGACUGGUUCCCUUACAGUACAUUGAACCUUAAAGCGUAGUGGUGUAAGUGACAGCCCUGGUAAAGAAACCCUGAUCUACAGAACAAUUUUUGGAAUUAAGACUGAGACAAGUCAAUUUUUUCCUUUUUUGCCUUACGGUGACACUAAUUCCAUGUGAGUUUAUGAUUGUAAAGUAAAUGUAAUAUUUUUAUCUCAGUCUACUGUAGGUAAAGAUGGUGCAGUGAUGGGAGUGACUGUUACACGGAUGAGUAUGAACCUCCACACCCAAGUCCUAAGUCAAGCAUGUUCUUACACUGAAGGUAAACACAAACCCUAAUAUCAAAAUUGAGAUUCUCAUUUACUGUCCCUAUACUUUUUCAAUAGAAGUAGUGGGGAGAAUUUGUUGAAAUAUCAAUUAGACUCAUUUUCCCUGAUCAUGUACUCAAUUCUCAUGACCACUCUGUUUUCUGAAGCAUGGAUAUUAUAAGGAGAAAUUUCAUGCUGAUCACAUUUAGGGCUUAAGGAGUUGAACCGUUUGUUUUCUUCUUUUUUGUCUCCUUCAGGUGAAUUAAUGAUAAGUGUUCUUGAUCCAAAAAGAGAAGUUGGAUUGUGGCAUUCAGUUUUAACAGUAAGUGCAGUGACACUAAAAUGUAAUUUCAGUGAUCUUUUCUAGUGGUCAAAGCAGCAGAAAUAAGAUACACAGGACACUGAUGGUAUAGAGAAAUGUUAAUAAAUAACAUUCAAUUCGCAUUCUGGUGACUAUGACAGUACUAAAGUUGUGGUCAACAAAUGUAGUCUGUCAAAAGAAUCUGGGGUAAUGUGUUGUUAGAAUGGUUUUUCUGGGGGAAGUGAUAAAAAAUGUAGGCUAUAAGUACCAGUUAAUUUUUUCUCCUUUUUUGUCCUGUUACAGAAUGUAAUGAAUGGCAUGCAUGUAAUUUAUGUACCACCGGCAGUUUUGAAGAAUUCCCCGGCCAUGUGGCUUCAGAUGGUAACAAAACACAGAGGUAAGAAAACUGCUAUCACUCUAUUUGUAAUGAGUAAUUUUUUGACAAAGAAUAAAUAAAGUUGAAAUACAUGUGCCAAAAUUUUAUUGCAAUAAGGCAUCGAUGUUUGGCACAAGAUUGCUUUGGCAUGAAAAGUUGAGAUUGCAAAGAAAAAAAAUUUAUCUGACUGCAUGACAACAUAUUUGGUUAAAGUACAUUUCUACUGUUUGUAUGUUUUUCCUUAAUCUUUUUAUUCUUUCCUUCUUCCUAGUCUACAUCCUCCUCUAUCUCUUUCUUAAUUUUCUUCCCUCUUUGUUUGAGUCAAAGCUGUUUCAUUUCCUAUCUUUUGUUUUGCCCUAAUUAUUACUUUGUAAACUGUUAUGUGUUAAAAAUUCUUUUCAGCUACCUGUGCAUUGGUGAGUUCCAGAGACCUGCACUGGUCACUGCAUGCCAGCAAAGAUCUCAAAGAUAUCAAUCUCACCACUAUUAGGAUGUUGCUACUGGCUGACAGAGCUAAUCCAUGUGAGUGGCUACUUGACUAUUACUACUGCACAUACUAUACAUGUACUGUCCAGUAAUAUUGUGAAGAGCAGCUGCCUGCAACAGACUACAUGGUGUGUCAGACAGUCAACAGUGGUUGACCAACAAAGCCACCUGUGAGCUGACUGACCGCCAACAACCUGGUGAACCAUUGGUGAUUUUUGUCAGUUCUAAAAUCAUUGUAUUUCAGUGUCAUCUCAAGAUUUUUGUGUUUAUCCAACCUCUCUGUGAUACAGAUAAUGUCCAGCUCUGAAGUAGUCGACUUUAAUGCUAGACAAUUGAAACAAGAAGGACAUUCAAAACGUGUUAACUACUUUUUUUCCUUUUUUCUCUGCUCAUGUUAUAGUUGUCAUUGCUGUUUUUUCGUUUAGGGUCGUUGUCAGCUUGUGAUUCCUUUCUUAACGCUUUUGAGGCCAAAGGCCUCAAGCCUGAGGCUCUUUGUCCCUGUGCAAGUUCAACAGAAACAAUGACAGUUGCACUAAGAAGGUACAGAGAUUGAUCUUGAAAAACCUUUUACUUUCAGGCUGAGUUAUCAGAUGAUUGUCAUUUUGUCAUUUGCAACUUUUGCAUCUGUGUUUGAGACACCAUUUGCAUCUGUGUUUUUAGAUCAACAUCAUCUUCCUCCUAACAAUAUCCAUACAUCAUCAAGAGAAAAUUUAUAGACCUGCUUCUGCCUCCAUCUUAAAAAGCAUUUUAGACCUGCCUGGCUCCGCUAGCCUCCAUGGUUAUUUCAGAUAGCCAGUACUCAAAUUUUAUUUUCAAUAUAUUCAUUGUUGUAAUUUCUUAGAGAGUACAAAUAUAAAGGUUGUUGGUUUUUUUUGUUGUUUUAGACCUGGUAAACCAGGAACAACUGCUACCGGUCGAGGUGUGCUUUCAUUAUCUGGUCUGAGUCAUGGAGUUGUGCGUGUUGACAAGGAAGGCUCCUUGACGUCACUGACACUACAGGAUUGUGGGACAGUUCUACCCGGAGGUAUGUUAGAUUGUUCUCAUGUCAUAGUGUCUGAUCCAUGUGUUUUAUGUAAACCUAUUUGGAAGAUGGGAAUAUGCUGGUCUUUUUUAAGCCACCUUUUGAAAGAUUGCUAAAACAUUUAAGUUUAUGGGAAUAGAUAAAGAAAACAACUGUCCUGUUUUAAAAUGUUGCUGAAAUUCCAUCUCAAGGCAUAUUCUUUAAAUUACUGAAGAAUAUACCAGUCUCAGUGUAUCAGGGGGCAUGGUGAACGCAAAGAAAUCAUCUUGAGGUUCAGGGAUGUGAAUUACAGAUUUUUUUUUUAUUAUUUUCCCAGUCCUUGGAGCCAACUAUGAAUGUGUCAUUUAUGAAAAUUGUUCUUUUACAUGAAAAUGUAAGGCUUUCAAAGAUCGUACAUUAGGACUUGACCCACUGACUUGAUGGGCAGUGUUAUUAUCAUACUAUGGAAAUUACUGCUCAUCUCUUUAAGACUUUCUACUGACAAAAGUUUCCAAAAUAAUUAUUGUAAGGCUCAGUUAAUUCAAUCUUUUCUGUACUUUCGAAUUUCCUGCAGCCAAAAUAGCGGUGGUUAAAGUUGAAGGACCUCCCUGCUUGUGUAAAAGUGACGAGGUUGGUGAACUGUGCAUUGCCUCUGGUGCCACAGGGAGUGCAUACUGGGGACUUGCUGGCAAGACUAAUCAAACAUUCAAGGUAUUUAUUUGUUGGAUAAUAGUUGAAUGACGAUCAUUUUCUCCUUGAAACUCAACCAAAAAGCGAUUCUUACUCCAUUAUAGUGUCAUAUUUGAAAAAGGGGUUUUUGUUCUUGAUUUACAAAUUUCUUAUUUUGAUAUCAGUACUUAACAAACAGGGAGGUCAUGAGUAUUGACCCUUUAAGCCCCAAUAUCCACAUACAAAUUCUCCAAACUGAUCUCUAUAUAUUUCCUUAAAGAAUGAGUUGAGAGAAUUUGAUAAAAGAUAGCCUAAGUAUCAGGCCUUCCCAUGGGGGAGGGGGGAGGGGGAGAACAGAAAGGAAGUUUUUCGCUUCCAUCUUUCCCCUUUUCCCCCAGAAACACCUGAUACUCAGGCUAGACAAAAGAUCAAAGUAUUUUCUCUUAGGUGAUCAUUUUAUUAAUUCUCAUAACCUAGUCUCUUGACAAUGUACAGAUAUCAUUGGGAGAAAAUUGAUGUUGGUCACUAUUGGGACUUGAAGGGUUAAGGUGAUGAUCACACAGGUUUAAUUCUCAUAGUAUUUUAACAAAUUCUUUGCACUUCUUCUAUAAGAAGUGUAUGGGAAAAGAAAGAAGAAUUUGUAUCUUGAUAUUGAAAUUAAAGGCCAGAGCUACAUUGACAAGAUAAAAUUAAUGUAUUUUGACCUAGCCCCCUUCAACUAGCUCAGCUUAUUUUGUUCUCUUUUAAUCCUUAGGUUCAACCAACUUUAGACGAUGGAGCUCCUUGUGAACAAUAUCCUCCUAGUGAUUAUGUCAGAACUGGUUUACUAGGAUUCUUAGGACCCGUAAGUAUAUUUCAUUGCAUUUUUUUGUUUUCUUCUGUAGCACUUAGCUACAUUAAUAAAGGAAGUGCUAAGGCCUUUAGGCUUGUUUACACAUACAACCAAAACAUAAGUAAAACAUACAAAUAGGCAGUUGGGUGUCAUUCACAUUCUAGCUAUAUCCAUAAAUUGCCUAUCUAGGCAGACAAAUUUCUUUCUACCCAAAUCAAGGUCUGUAGUUGUUCUCGGAUAACUCAAGUACACUAAAAGGAUCCGUAAUGCUCAACAACCAGCUAAACUUAGGGGCCUAGUGUGUAUGAAACUACUACAUUGAACAUCUAAAUUUACAAUUAAUUUUACAGUUUGGAUUCCAUUUCAGUUUAUGGUGUUAGCUUACGUCAUUUAAAUGUAGGAGUGGACAGAACACCUUUGUAAGCGUGAAAGUAUAUAUAUAUAUAUGUUUGAACUUACCCUUAACACUCUUGCCUUGUUUGUUUCCCAGGGUGGACUGGUGUUUGUCUGUGGCACAGCAGAUGGAAUAAUAAAAGUCAGUGGUAGAAGACACAAUUGUGAUGAUCUAAAGGCUACUAUUCUAGCUGUUGAUCCAAUUAAAUUUGUCUACAGAGGCAGGUUAGAUAUAAACCGGGAAUCAGUGUACCCUAAAUCCUCCAUUAAGCCCCCUUUCUCCCCCUCUGUAUGAAGCCCCUCCCCCCUUUUUUCCGUUUGAUCCAAUUAAAUUUGUAUACAGAAGAAGCCAGGCUAGCUAGCUAGUACCAUAAUCCCCUAUUAAGCCCUCCCCUCCCCUCCCCUCCCCUUCCCCUUUAUUCUUAAAUGAUAGUCUGUAACACUUCACGUGGACUGAUCCACGAUCUGGUAUGAUUUAUUCACCAGCUGGAAGCUCGUUUUUUUUUUCUCAUUUUCGGCUGCAUCAUACCCCUGAGCUUUUCCACUGAAAGGUCUAGUUUUUGCGGAGAAAUGAUACCAUCGUCUUCACUAAAUUAAAUAAGCCCCCACCCCCCUCAAACAGGCUGUCAGUAAAUAAGCCCCUUCAGAAUAGAGGAUUUGUUGUAACUCCAUUUUUUCUUAAAAAUCAUCAAAACCAUUUGGGUUAUCCCUUUUAAAUUUAAACUGAUGAUUUUGCGAUAGGACAAAGUUCAAAAUGUGCAUGUUUUCCUUCUCGUAGGAUUGCCAUCUUUUCCAUUACGGUUCUUAAAGACGACAGAAUUGUUGUUGUUGCUGAGCAGCGACCACAGUGCACUGAGGAGGAGGUGAGAGCGUUGUUUUUUUUUUAUGAAGAAAUCCCAAAAUGACGCUGGUUCACACGCGCGCACUACUAAGUAUUGACAAAAUCUCGUACUCGUAGCUCGUACUCGUCUCAGAAUCUAAAGCUCUCUAAUCUUAGUAUCAGAGGUACGACAGUGCUAACUUCAACAAUUUUUCUCCUCUGACAUUAGAGUUUCCAAUGGAUGAGUCACGUAUUGCCUGCUGUUGAUAGUAUUCACAAUGUAAGUCUUGGAUUUUUCUUGAUCCGUUUUGCUGAUGCAUCCUGAUGGACUUAACACUUUGUAAGAAAGGAAGUAAUGCUUUUUUAACCUUUUUUCUCUGCAGGUUGGUAUUUAUUGCUUAUGUUUAGUCGCACCUGGUGGUUUACCAAAGGUAAGUUGUUGAAAAUUGAUCAAAACGUCACUGUACAGACUUGCUAGUCAGUACUGAUGAAAGGCCAUGUUUAAUUGUGCUAAAUUUAGCUGAAAACAAAAGCAAUCCAAAUUUUCCGUGGUGUCGUCUAAUCCCAGUGUUAUCAUCUCUGUUAGGAUUCAAGUCAAAUUUAGAUCAACUGUAGCCUGAGAAAACAGCCGACAUUUGGCGACACCACCACUAGUUUUCCCGCCAAUGACGUCUGAGAAACGAGCGCAGAAAUUCCAUACUGGUGACGUAUCACUACAUGGAUCUGUGGGUAGGUGCUUCUGAUUGGUCGUGCCGCGUGGGAAAUUUUCUUCAACCAAUCAGAAGCACUACCCCAGAUCUGGGUAGUGAUACGCCAUUAAUAAGGAAUUUCUGCGCUCGCUCGCUCAGACGUCAUUUCGCGGGGAAACCAGUGGUAGCGUCGCGAAAUGUCGGCUUUUUUCUUAGGCUAGAUUAACUGCAAUUCUCGAAAAGUCUUGAGAAUAUCUUCGGAAACCCUCGGAAAUCGUCAUAUCUGCUUAUCAUGGAUGUUAGAAUAAAUAUGAAUUGCGCUAGAAUCAUUUGGUACCCCCAUAGUAAACAUUUUAGAAUGAUAAUUCUGCCAUUGAUCAAUCAAAACUAAGAGCUAGUAAGCUUUCUAGAUGAGCGUGGUUUAAGUACUGCAACACUGACAGAAUUAUGCUUUCACUGUCCCUGACUUGACCUGGAUUUCAAGCCUUGUGGUGCGUACUACAAGUUGUUGAUUAAAGUUAAUUGUUGUUCUUGUAGAACAGUAGCGGUGGUGUUCACAUUCACGAGACAAGACAGAAAUUCAUGGAUGGCUCACUGCAUCCAGCUAAUAUUUUGAUGUGUCCGCAUACUUGUGUGACAAACCUACCUCAACCAAGACAAAAACACCCUGGUAAGAAAACUAUGUGUCCACUAUUGAAAGAAAUGCAAAGGCUGGCUUGUGAGUGGUUCAAGCAAUGGUCAGAAUUUUCUGGCCUUAAUUUUGAUGUGUUCCCCAUAGUUACGUGACAAACUUGCCCCAACCAAGGCAAAAACACCCUGGUAUAGUAAGAAAAAGCCGCGUCCACUAUUAAGAUUAAGAUUGAGUUCUCGCAAUAUUCAGAGUAGAUUUAACUACGUUUUCGAGAUAAAUGAGAAAGUGGUAUUUUGCGUUUAUAACAUUACUUGUAAUGGAAACUUUCUUUUUUCCUUUUUUUAUUGGUGUAGUAAACAAAAGGUUGUCAACCAAUCAGAACGUGAAAAGCAUGGAAGUCAUUUUCUAAACUCUACAUGAAUUAUUGAUGAGUUUAUGCAACAGGACAGCAGGAAGAAGGAAGAGGACGGCAAAACGCUUGUGCGUGACGCUUGUGUGUGACUAACGUGACAGAAAUAUCUGUUCAAAGGGAAGUGAAGUUUGGCGAAAAGCUAUUUCAAACAAAAUUAUUGUCACGCUUGUCACACAAGCUUUGUCGUCUUCUUUCCUCUCCCGACCUGUUACUUAAGUUCACUAUUAACACCGCUUGAUUCUUUUUUCUAGAGCCUGGUCCUGCAGCUACAAUGGUUGGUAACAUUGUGAUGGGGACAAGGAUAGGUGGUGCAUCUGGGAGAGAGAUCGCAGACAUUGAAGAGGACAGUGAUAUGGCGAAGAAGGUAAACCAUCUGUAGAAUAAGUUUUGUAUCAAGACAUACCUAACGCUUGAAAAUUUUGUUAUGCAGUAACAGCGAUUUUUCGUGGAUUCAUUGGCCGAGGGUUUUGGUUUAUGAGAGUAUUGACAAUGGAAAUGACAUAAUUGGCAAUUCUUAGGUUGUUCGAUAGACUGGGUCGGUGUUGUGUCGCAUUGCACAGUGGGACUGUUUUGGAAGACGCUGUAGCUUAUUUGAUUGGCUUUUACGAGGCUACGUGGGAAACUGGGUCAAAAGUCGUUCCUUAAACAUUCUCACAAUACAGUUCAACACAACACCGACCCAGUCUCCUAGCAACCUCAAAUGACUAAUGAUGGCGCAAUUUGUUUUCUUCCGUCUCUUGUUCGCGAUUUUCCAAGAAACUUAACCGAAAUUGACGUUUAAAACUUUUGUUAUUACUAUUAAUAAAUAAUAAUAAAUAAAUUAACUUCAACUGUUUUUUCUUCAGUACCAAUUUUUGGCUGAAAUUCUCAAGUGGAGAGCGCAAGCCAUGCCUGAUCAUACCCUGUUCACGUUGCUCAACUCUAAGGUAACUUACACUUGUAGAUUCUGCCUUCGUGUGUCUUGUAAUUCAACGUGUUGAUGGCAGGGCUUGGGAGGGUGACGGCCUGAAAUUUAAGGUGAAUUUACGUUCUAGACAGCAGAGCUUCGGUCAUGGCUGAGUUCGUUGUCAACUCAAGACGGAAUCGACCAGGAAAUAGAGUAAUUUUAAUUUUAGUCAUCUGUAAUAAGACCAAAGACUAUUUCUCAUGGGAACCCGAGAAAAUCAAUGUCAAAUUUCACAAGAAUUGUGGAAACACAGCUAAAAUUCUGAAAAUUUCAUGUGUAAGAUGUAAUUUUGUGAAAUUUGACUUUCAUUUUCUCGGCCUCCCAUAAGAGAUUUUCUUUGGUGUUAUUACAGAUGACUAAUUACAUCUUUAGCCCUUGAAAAAUGUAAAAAGAGAAUGCAAUAUGCUUUAAAUUAUUCUGGUACAAGGUUUUUGUCCACUGAAAAUUAAAAUUACUCAAUUUCCUUGUGGAUUCCGUCUUAACAUGCCUGUAAUUUUUAUCGCCUUUCUAGGGCGCUGUAGCCUCUCUUCUAACAACAACUCAGUUACACAAGCGAGCGGAACGGGUGGCUCAAAUGGCAGUUGAACAAGGACGCCUCAGCUCCGGUGAUAAUGUGGCACUUCUCUUUACUCCUGGUAAGUAAUUAACUUGACGCGUUGUGAUUGGCUGAAACAUUUCGCGCCAUUAUCCCAACCAAUCAAAUGUAAUACCAAAAUCAAUCAUGAUUUGAUCACGUACCCUUUCCCGCGCUUGGCGCCCGCUACAUCUCUUUGUUUUGAAAUCCGAUUGGAUAUCACUUGUCACUUUGUGUUCCUGUCGGUAGAGUUGGAGAGCGGAGUUAACGUUUAUGAUGUGAAACUUCCUGAUGUGACGUGUUAUAGAGGCCGUAAACUCACAACGACGAAUUUCUCGCUUUUUUUUUGAAAGUGGGUGCGCCUCCUAAGGAUGCCAUUUCAGGAAAAUUUGCCCUUAUUUUACAAGUCGUGCCUGAUGGAAUAUUCCCAUAAGUGACCUUUUGCUGCCGUUGCCGUCGUGAUUUUUACUCCGUAACUUUUGUUUCACAGCAGCUUAUUAUCCAAUCCUCUCCAACUUGUAGGGAGCAUGUGGUAAAAAAAUGGUAAAAGCCUGGGAAGGGUGUUCUCUCACGUCCUUUACAUCCAGCGGAGUCAAUGGAAAGGGCGGGGCGGGGGAGUGGGGCACAGACAAUUGAUGAAUGAAUGUAUGGCCUUAUUCUAAGAUACGUAUCAUACGUAUGAACACUAUUAACUGCUGAACUGUUAUUUUUUGCUUUAGGUGUGGAUUUCAUAGUGGCAGUGUUUGCAUGUCUCUAUGCUGGUAGGCUAUUAAACUUCACUAUAAAAAAUGAUUGAACCAAGUUAUUUUCGGGUUCGUAAUUAAGAUCUCAUUUUUUCAUCCAUCUAAACUGCAUUUGAUUUCCUUUAAUUCGUCCCAAAACUUUCUUCACAGGUCUUAUUCCAGUCCCCGUCCGUCCCCCACACGCCAACAACAUCAGUACCACCCUCCCCACCGUGAAAAUGGUUAUUGACGUGAGCAAGUCACGUGCUGUACUCACAACCCACAAUAUUGCCAAGGCCCUGCGGUCCAAGGAAGCUCUGGGGGUUGUGGACAUAAAAUCGUGGCCCACAGUGAUAGAAGUGGAUGAUGCCCCUAAAAAGAAGCUUACUAACCCGUACAGGGCUCCAACGGCGGAGAUGAUCGCGUAUUUGGAUUUUAGUGUCUCUACAACCGGAAUGCUGUCAGGGGUUAAGGUACGGGCUUAAUUGUACCAUCUCUCUCACGUCAGGAGUAUUCCAAUAUUUGACCCUUUCAUUCAUAGACGGGGCUAUGGUUAGUUUCUCAAAUCCUUCGGUGUUACCAUUCAAUUCAAACCUCUUUGCCUGAACUUCUGUAUGGUGCUGUUUAUUUUCUUAAGAUUAUACAGAAGGGAAUUUGAAUUUUUUCUGAAUUGUCUUUGCCACUGUUAGUUUUUAAAGAGUUAAACAAGUUGAAAUUGAUAGUGUUGACAAAGAACUCCUGUCCUGAAUUUCACACGUAAGUGCUGACGUACUGCUCAGUGGAAUAAAAAAUCUUGCCUUUAAAGACCUUCGUCUUCUUCACUUAGAAAGCUGCUGCUUUUUAGCGUGUUCUACGUUGUGACUUAUUACGCUAGGCAGGUUUGUAGUGCAUGUAAAGAUUCUAACACGUAAACGUUUUCUCCUCAUGUUUGGUCUUUUUAGAUGUCUCAUUCAGCAGUGACUGCUCUAUGUCGCGCCAUGAAGCUUGCCUGUGAACUGUAUCCUUCCCGUGAUAUUGCCGUCUGCCUUGAUCCCUACUGUGGACUAGGGUUUUUGCUAUGGUGUUUGACAGGGUAUGUAUAAAGUAAUAAUAAAAACUGUUCACUCGAUUAUCGAAAAAUCGACUAUUCUGGCAACUAACAGAUGAGCCAUCCCGUCCAUUGGACCAAUCAGAGAAUGAGACAUGAGGCCGCCUGCCAAGCGCGGGAAAAGACUUGCAUGGCACAGUUUCUCCAAUCAAUCACAAUAGUUAACCAAUCAGAAAUCGAAACAUGAAGCCUCUGUUAAGCGCGGGAAAUGCGUGCACGUCACAAUCGAGAGUGGUUAAAAGGAAGGCAAAAGCACAUUGUCUGACCAAUUACGGCACAUUUAGCCAUUUCAGUUAACCAAUCAGAGCUCGAAGCCGGUUUCAUAAGGGCGAUACGAUUGGUCAAGAAAGUGGCGCGAAAAUAAUUUGUUUUACGCGGCUGCGCACUGCAAAGCCCAGGAAACUGUUUAGUCAAGUGUGACUGUUGCUAGCUAGCUCUGUAACCUUUUUUUUUAAGUAAUGAAAGUUUAUGCUUUCUACAUUUCAGAGUGUACUCUGGUCACCACACACUCCUUAUACCGCCAGGAGACUUGGAAACUAACCCAGCUCUGUGGUUAUCUGUAGUUAGUCAAUAUAAAGGUGAGAAUUUCUUGCAUCUUUUAAGUUCUCGUUUCCGACAUUGUUUCUUUAAAUCUUUGGUAGCUUAACAGUUACUUUAUUUUUUAACACUACGCCCAACUCAAUCAUCUUGUUUACUCGACUGUGUUUGAUUAUCUCUAUGUGUAUAGAAGUCUGAAAGUGCAAAACUGCAGUUACUGCAAGGAUUUUGAUUCAUUUAUUUUGUUUCUCUUCCAGUUCGCGACACGUUUUGUUCGUACCCCGUUAUGGACUUAUGUACCAAGGGACUCGGACAGUCAAUACCAGUACUUAAGGUAUGAGAUAGGGGAUACUCUGGGGUACAGCACAUUGUAACUCUCUGACCUACGACAUAUAAGCCUCUGGCUUUGGCAUCUUAUUAUCGUUAACUUGUGCUUUGUGUACUUAUUUGUCAAUAAACAAAGAAUAAACAAAGAUAGCCUGCGUAGCGUGGUGGUUUUGUCGAGCCGGGUGCACGAGCGGCGAAGCCGCGAGAAAAAUAGAAACCUUUCUCCCUCCCCAAUCUCCUCGCGGUUUCUCUGCCCUCGCCCGUCUUAUUUUCUUAGCGCGCCCCACCAAAACCGCCAUGCUACGCAGGCUAGAUAGGUGAUGACCUUAGAUUUCCGAUUUCAGAUUCUUUGUUUUUUGCACUAUUUCAAGAGAUUACUACAAAGAAUUACAAUACAUUACAAAAGUAAGAAAAAAUAAAACAACAAAUUAAAUAAAUCAUGAGAGGUGAAAUGUGCGUAGCGACCAAAGGAGCUUAGGCUUUCGAGUUGGUCACUACCAAAGAGUCUGGAUGAUUAGAUGGAUACUUAAAUUGAAAAGAACUCGAUCAAACCCUCUGGUGCGGCGUUUAGUACCAGUUUAUAAUACCCGUCCACGCAAUUGUAGGUGGCCUUUAGCCUGCGUCAAAUCUCUAGAGCUCUCGAAGAAGGAUGUCUGAAAUUUUGCCAACGCUUGAAAUGGUGCUUUUGUUUACUUUCUUUCAGUCCAAAGGAGUGAACCUUACUUGCGUUAGAAACUGUGUCGUUGUGGCUGAGGAGAGACCUAGAAUCAACCUUACCACAGCAUUCUCCACACUUUUCUCUGGCUUGGGUCUCUCACCCCGUGCAGUUAGCACAUCGUUCGGAUGCAGAGUCAAUGUGGCCAUUUGUACACAGGUGAAAAUGCUUACCUCGAGUAUCGUAAAUGUUUUGUUACAGAUAACAUGUCACAGAGGAAGGUGGCUUGUCCGUCAUCUCCGUGGAGGGUUACGUGUGGUACCAGUUCUCAAAAUAAUUUACUUACUGAACUGUUUGUGACUUGCUUCAUCAACUUGGUUUUCUGACUUACUUUUUUAUAAUGCAAUUUUUCUCUAGGGUGCGUCAACUCCAGAGGCAUCCAGUGUGUACGUGGAUACAAGAGCUUUACGAAAUGACAGGUAGUUAUUUCAUUGUCAUGCUGUCGUCCAUACUGUUUCUUAUUGGGGCAACAUUGUUUUCUGUAUAUUGAUGGUUCGUGCCGUUAACAUUUUUAAUGCUUUAAAUGCAACUUUAGUCCAGGAGGAUGACAUUUAUUCUUCGGAUCGUCACAUAGAAAGACAGAAAAUACGGUAUACUGAUUUAAAUAAGCGUUGGAAGAACUGGUCCACUGAGAUGCCUAUUCAAAGGUCAAGUGACUUUGUUGCAGUAGAAGUAAUAGAUAACAUAGUAGAAGGAUAAUGAUGAGAGCGAUGAUGAUGAUGACGUUGAUUUUUUCCCUUCUGUAGAGUGACACUUGUGGAAAGAGGCAGUCCGCACAGCUUGUGCCUUUUAGAAUCGGGCAAGGUAGGAAUUGUGGUGCCCACCUACCCUUUCUCUAAGCCAACAUUAACACUUACUUCUAAUUGGGGCAAAAUGUUGGCUUAGGGAAGGGUUAGGUGGGCAGUUUCCAAAAAACAGAUAAUUGUUUGGAUAAUUCUGAAGUUUCCUUUGAGGUCUUCUUCCCUAUACUGACAAAAGAGCUUCUUUUGUCCUCGAACGCAAAUGGUUGUGUUAAAUUAGCUAAUGAAACAGUACGGUAACUUUAACAAAUUGAGAUCUCUGUUUUUUAACCAUGCUCGAAGCGGGAGACAAAGUUGACCGCUAAACGUCAGGGUAAAAAUGUUAUAUUUUUCCUUUUCCCCUAAAAAGAAGUUUUUUAUUAUUAUGUUUAUGAACUCCUUUUUAAAUCAUAUUCUAAUACUUUUUUUCCAAUCAGAUACUGCCUGGUGUCAAAGUGGUUAUCGCCAAUCCAGAAACGAAAGGAAUGUGCGCAGACUCACAUCUUGGAGAGGUACGUCACGUUAGUAAAUUGGAAGACUGUGAAUUGUUUAUAGUAGAUUUCUGCCUUAGGUUUGAUAGACGAAAAUUUUGCGCUCGGUUUGGCUUUACAAUGUAGCCCAGGUACCCCUUAAUUGAAUUUAUAUGUUUGCAGAUCUGGGUGAAUAGCCCGCACAAUGGCAGCGGUUACUUCAUGACAGGCGAAGAUAGCCAAACAGAAGACCGGUUUAACGCCAGACUCACUACGGGCCCGUCGGGAGAUAUGGGGGUACAGUACGCAAGGACAGGAUGUCUUGGAUUUAUCAAGAGAACGGAUUUUACGCAAACGGAUGGUGGUAGGUUUACUCGUUCAAAGUUUGCUUUGUAAUGUGAUCUUGGAAUAUAAAUAGAUAGUAACAGUGGCGGAUCUAGGGGAGGGACCCGUGCCCCCCACCCCCCUCCCCAUUUAUUUUUAGACAACCUGAGGCCCGAUGGGCCGAAGAAAAUUUUGGAGACUGGGCCUCCCCCUUUUCUCAGUGUCUGGAUGACCCUCCCCUCCCUUCGCCCCUUACCUCAAAGUCUGGAUCCGGCACUGAGUAAUACAUCCUAACACGGACAGCCGGGGGAGGUAGAGAGAGUCAAGCGUUCUCAUCGCAGGGUUUCCGUAAUAGGGAAGUAUGCCUGAGUAACUGUCCGUGAUAAAGAGCUGUCUGUGUUCUAGAAAUGUUCGUAGCCUGAGGCUCUACUGAUCUCUGUAUCAGUUAAAAGAACCAUGAGCUCGAUUUCCGUCGCGUCCAUGGGUCCAGUGUUGUUCCUCCCCGAGAAAAAUUUGGGGGGACAAGAACUGGCUUAUUUGCUGAACAGCACAUGGUAAGCGAGCGAAAACGAACCAUUAUUUUGUGUUUGUAUCUGUUGACGUUAAGCCAAGAAACUACAAAAGUUUUUAUCGUUUAUACUGCUUUAUAAAAAUUUGGAUUCCCAAGCAGAAAAAUGAAUAAUCUUGAAAAGGUUGUUAGUUUGUUAAUUAUUAGUGAAUAGACAGCCCGGGUUUUUAACAAUAUCAACCUUUUAUUAAUACUCAUCAAAAAAGAUUAGUUUAGUAACAUAAAGAAAGCAAAUAAACAAGAAAAAAAUAUAUAGAAAAUAUUUAAAUACAUAUGACGCUGGCCGAUAAAUCCUCAGACGACCUAAAAUUCAAGCUUUCGUUGCAUUUCGUGCGUCAUAAUUUGUUGUUGAAAGGUGCAGUAAGCGGAGCGUGUUUUUAAUUUUUAUUGUCAGCCCGGCACGAUGCUUUAUUCGUUGUCGGACCUUUAGAGGAGACCAUGGUAUUACGAGGCAUGCGGUAUCACCCUGUAGACAUCGAGAACACCGUCACAAGAUGCCACAGAUCAAUAUGCGAAAGGUUAGUGUCAAAGAUAGAGAAAAUAAUAAGUUUGCAAAUGUGUUUUUUUCAGCGCAGAGAGCUGUCAAGGUUUGAGCCAGGUGGACAUAUGGGUGUCCUGUUUGUGUGCACUGGCUGCCCAGUUUUCGGUAGAAUGCUAGCGGUUCUUCAAGAGUGCCGCGCUAUCGAACAUGUUGCGUGCUAGUCAACUCCCUGAACCAUUUCACUGCCAAAGUGCUUGAUGGAGUUUUAUAAGCUAAAGGUGACUCUAACUUUUGAGUCUGUGGACGAAAUCCUAUGAAGUGACCAUUCAAAUAUAAGCUCUCUGCCUGUACUUACAAAUGGUGCUAUUUGUUUGGGAAAUUUGGAAAUUUGGUCGAAAUUUGCUUUUGUCUUAAUUUGGCCUUCAUGGUUAUCAGUUUCAAACGUCUCCUUGUGAUAUCAAUGCUUUUUAAAACAGCUUGGUGACAGGAAUUUAGGAAAUGAUCACACAAGAUGAAUCUACUUGAUACUUCAACAACUUCUCCACACUACUUCUAUAGGAAACGUAUUGAGACAACAAAUAAGAUUUUGACUGUUGAGAUUAGGUUUUAAAAGUUUAAUCAGGCGAGUGAGUAUUGGCCUUUUUCCCUUCCCUAUCUGCUUUUCCCUCCUUGGCUUGUUCGCCCUUUCGAGUCGACGGACUAGAGUGGUACUGCUCACAGUCUAAGUUUCCGAGGAGAAUGUGAUUGAAAGAAAAAAAGGUGUUGGUUUGAAAAAUAACUGUAUGAGAAUUAAGGGACGCCCUGCUAUAAUAUCCUGACUGAAACCCUGAAGGCAGAUUCAACACAAGGAUUAUGUCAUAGUGACUUAUACGAAAUCGAAACUUGCAUAACGUAAAACACAUUGCACCAUGUUCUCCGCAGUCGUAAGGAAAUGUGUGUGUUCAAAAUAGGGUAUAUUACCAGUGGUGUGUAUUCCUAUUGUAAUGUAUUCCUGGCAAUCAUAUUUGAUUCAUCGACCUCUCAUUUUUUUUCCCAUCUCUCCCGCAGCGCGGUGUUUACAUGGACCAACCUUCUAGUCGUUGUCGUCGAGCUUGACGCGGACGAAAGCGAGGCUCUUGACGUCGUUCCUCUUGUGACGUCAUCCGUGCUUAACGAACAACAAUUAAUUGUAGGGGUAGUGGUGGUGGUUGAUCCCGGUGUUGUACCAAUCAAUUCUCGUGGCGAGAAGCAGCGAAUGCAUCUGAGGGACGGCUUCCUUGCGGACCAGCUCGAUCCUAUAUACGUAGCGUAUAAUAUGUAGGAUAUACGUAGCGUAUAAUAUGUAGGAACUGCAUUUGUUGUGUAAAGAGUGAAUUUGCUUGCCUCCCGUACGUAUUUAUUAUACGUUGAGUAUAAUAUGUAGGAUUAGCUAAAGCCUUAAUAUACGUUAGUUAUAAGAUGCAAGGAGUGCAUUUGCUUCACUCUUUGUUCAAAAAUAUGAAGUGCAGUCCUGGUGACUAACCGCUCCUACGGCGUUACAAAUCCCAAAUAGUAUUUAUUGUUACUUGCAAAAUAGUGCACAACUUAUUGGACAAUAAGAAAAGAUAGUUUCGCGUAAUUCAUAAUUUGUCUCGCGAAGUUUCUGGUGGAGAUUGACGAGAGGAAGCUGAAGCCUCGAGCAAGCUCUCCAUUUGUGAGAGUCACGAAAAGUCACUCGUGGGCGACACGCGAAAGGAGACUCCGAGGCUUCAUGAAAAAUGAGCUCCCCUAAAAACGCCUGCGUGGGAGGCUAUGGCCACGUGAAUGAAUUGGCUCUAUAGAUCGUUUUCAUUUACGUGUUCGGCGGCUAUGCAAAGUUCUCAACAAAAGAAUGUUUUCACACGCGUAAAGGACGUAAUCUACACAGGGUUUUUUGGAACACCAACAUGGUCGCCGUGUUUUUGUUUUGUACCCCAAUAUUGCUGCCGUGACGUCAUGUGAAAAGGAUCUAUUUGGAGGAAAUAAAAAUCUUUCCACAGCAGUGGCGAAUCCAGGGAGAGGAAGAGGGACCACGCCCCUCCCUCGCCACCUCUUGCCACACCCGUCAGACCUAAGAAUUUUUUAGCUUUUUGGUGGCUAUUUGCCGUGUUAUAGCUGAAACGGUUACCACUAAAGACUCGCAUGUAUAUAGAUAUAGUUUAGUUUGCAACCUGUCUGACAUGAAUUUAAGUAACUAAGAUUUUAUGUAAUAUGACUUAUCAUGCAUUUCGUGAUAUGGCAUUAAGGCGCGGUUAGAAGCCAACUUUCCUGCUGAGGAUUACUGGAGUCAACUAGAACUUUGUCGCCCUAAGUAACAUCAACCAGUAUUUCAUUACGUGAAUUCUGCAGUGGUUGUUAAUUUUCUGUAUGAGGCGAUGGUAGAUCCAUAUUGCAGCUGUUAAGUAUUGCUUGACGUCCUCGGCUAAUACAACUGUUUUUGUGUGGUAAGAAAUUUUCUCGGAUGUAACGAAUCACAGGGGAAUGUGAGAUUGAAUGAACUGCCCGUUUCGGGAAAAAGUACUUUUUGGCAUUUGCUUUAAUAAUAAAAGUGAAAGUUAGUUCUUUUUUAUUGUUUUUAGACACAUCUUCCUACAAUGUGUAGUCUUAUUUUCGGACUAUAAAUACUGAAUGAGGUUCGUGAACAUAAUGAGUACCUUAAGUUGGAUAUUGGGUACAUUUUUUACGUUUCGUUUGCGUCGGGCGUAUCCUUGAUAGCUCGCGCAGUGCGGCUUAUAUCUAACGAUUAUUCGAUCAUUGUGCUUCACAGAAUAGAAUUAGUGGUCAGAUUUUGUUAAGUAUUCUGCCAAAAAGGCAACGGAUGUUGCUUAUAUUUUUAUGUGUAAAUAAUAAAGACGUGAAUAGAAACAUUGUCUUGCCCUGCUUAGUAUGUGUUGUUAUUUCAUCUCCCUCAACAGUACAGAUGCUAUUUUGUUUUAAAUACUCAGUGUAUUGGUAGCGAUUGACCAUUUCGUCGUUGUAGUUGUUCCAGUAGGUUCAACAUGCCAAUGGGCCAUAUUCGAUUUCUAACCUCUUUUUAAUAAAAACAAAAGGGAAAAACAGCAACCUUAAGGUGAAAGCAUACGGUAACCUUGUUUUAAAAAGGGGCUGUGUACAUUUCAAAAAAUUGAUUGCUUUGUCCUUGCCUUGUACUCCAAAUAAAUUGUCAUAAAUUAAUAUAGUUACUGAGAAUUAUUUUUAUUGUUGUUAUAAUCAUCGUAAUUGUUAUUCGCUACUUUAGAGACGAGAAGGGGACUGGAUCGUAACGAUCUCAGAGACAAUAGCGGGAUGCAUUUUGGUUCCAGUCCUUUUCUCGUUUCUGAGGUGCGACUUAUUAAGGAUUAUUUAUCUUGACAUGCGCAAACAAUCCUAUGUAUUUAGCUAUAAUUAUGACCAUAUAAUUGUUU